AUGACUGAGAAGGAUGAACAGCCGCAGCUGGAGGAGGGAGACGAUGAGCUGGACAGCAAGCUCAAUUACAAGCCACCCCCUCAGAAGUCCCUUCAGGAGCUGCAGGAGAUGGAUAAAGAUGACGAGAGUCUAAUCAAGUACAAGAAAACACUUCUGGGAGACGCUCCGGUGAUAGCAGACCCAACAGUCCCCAAUGUGACUGUUACCCGGCUUAGCCUUGUUUGUGACAGUGCACCAGGACCAAUCACCAUGGACCUUACUGGUGACCUCGAAGCCCUCAAAAAGGACACAUUUGUGCUAAAGGAAGGUAUUGAGUAUAGAGUCAAAAUUAACUUCAAAGUGAACAGGGAUAUUGUGUCAGGCCUGAAGUAUGUUCAGCACACGUACCGGACUGGAAUGAAAGUGGAUAAAGCUACAUUCAUGGUUGGCAGCUACGGGCCCCGACCAGAGGAGUAUGAGUUCCUCACUCCAGUAGAGGAGGCUCCCAAGGGCAUGUUGGCCCGAGGCACUUACCACAACAAGUCCUUCUUCACGGAUGACGACAAGCAGGACCAUCUCACCUGGGAAUGGAACCUGGCCAUUAAGAAGGAUUGGACAGAAUGAGUGCAUCUGUCCAUCCCUCCCCUACCUUCCCCUCUGGAAGAAUCCUCCCAGCCAUGUCAAUCAUGUUCACCCUCCCUCUUCACUUCUCUCUCUCUCUCUCUCUCUCUCUCUCUCUCUCUCUCUCUC